AUGUCGCAAGCUACUCAGCUUUGUGACCGGUAUCUUAGCCACAGCAAGUAUCUUUAUGCUGCUAUACCCCGGACGGAAUUAUACGAUGACAUAUUGGCAGCCGUUUACCAAGCUCAUUCAUACGAAUCAUUCCAAGUUCACCAUUCUAUGGCUCUUCUGUUCAUUAUUUUUGCUCUCGCUCUCCAUUUCGACUCACAAGGGGGAGAUGCGGAAUACUACCGCCAGCGGGAGGCAGCAGGAUACUAUCAACUUGCGAGGACAACUCUAGGGUUUGCCUCCCCGGUUCGCGAGACAACAGUGGCCUCCAUUCAGACCCUUAUCCACAUGGCUCAAUACCUCGACUUGUGCGACUGGGAAUCGUCAGGGUCCGCUUCGUCGUGGUUGUAUGUUGGCCAGGCGGUGAGGCUUGGGCUCAGUAUGGGUUUGAAUUUGAACCCCGCCAGAUGGAGACUUCCAGAAUCCGAUACCAACAAACGGAAACGUGUAUUCUGGCAACUCUUCGUUUCUGAUACAUGGACUAGCUUCUACUUCGGGCGCCCUCCGAGCAUAUCGCCCAACUACAUUGACUGUCCCGUUCCCGACGGAAUCGAGCUCGCCAAGCAGGCAGCUGCGUCAUCCACAGCAGCGUCCACGAGCACCACUGGAUUCGAACACUCAACUGGCUCACACACAGACUUCCAAACAUGGAUUUAUCGAUUUACAACCCUCAUGCAUUUCGUCAUGUCGUCGGGUAUGGGACCGAAACAACCAGCGUCGUAUUCUGCGAUAUUGGACUUGGAUCGCCAGAUUCGUGAUUUCCCAGUCCCUGCCGUAUGGCGCACAGCCGUCGUUGGUAGUCCGGAUGAGCGGGAACAACAAGCUAUCACGACGGAAACCUACUUCCAUCGGUGGGCGGUUCUGGCCAGUCAAGAAACAAUCCUGUUGAAUCUCCAUCGAGCCUACUUCGCCCAAGCUUUGUACGAAAACAGUCACGACUUACAAGAGCAUCGAUACAUUCCAUCUGUGGUGGCCAUCUACCGAUCCUCAUGGAGAAUCGUUACCGGACUACAACUCACCUGGGAACGCGCUUCCGAUGUCAUACAACGCGUCAACCUGCCCUGGUCUCAAGCUCUCUCUGCGGCGAUCGUGAUGUGUCUCCUUAUAACGCGAGCGCCUUCAUCGCAUUUAGUAACGCCCGCACUUGACAAACUCGGUCAACUGGUUGGGUUGUUUCAUGCGGCUUCUCCUUCGUGUCGGUUCGCCGAAAACCUCCUACCGACGAUUCAGAGGCUUCAUAACAAGGCCUGCGAGUCUGUCAACCCUCCAUUACCCCGCUACCAACCCACCGCCCCCGCAUACGAGUCGAGCAUCACCCAAGCUGAACUGGACCGGCUGAGCGGAAGGACGUACUUGUUCUCCGAAGCUGAUAGUUCUGCUCAUAUAGGCUCCUCUUCGCCAACGACGUCUUCUCCACACUUGACUUCUUCUCCUUCUUCUUCCAUCUCUUGUGGUCCUGCACAGAUGCAACGUGGUGAAGAUAAACCUCGUCGGCCUUCGUCGAGGAGUAGUGGCAAGUCGUCCACGACCGCUGCUUCCACAGGCACACCUUCGUCGAGUCUGAACCUCGACUCUUUGCAUCAGGUCUUGGUUGAAGACUUGAAGGACUACGGUCGACGCGCGACUGUGCCUACCGUCCAAACCCUCAACGACGGGGUAGUAGGGUCUGGCAGUCGAGGCACGUCACCUCAGUCCACACCCACCGACGCGGGCGUUCGAAACGGCAGUCCAGGAGGAUCUCGCUCGUCGGAUUACAUGUCCUCCCGAGGCAGCGGCCAUCAUGCUGGCCACCCCCCAAGUUCUGCUCCACCUUCCAUGUCUACUACUAGUAGUACCUCCAUGGAUCCAAUAGUCGGACAUCACCUACCUCCUUCUCACCACGGGCAUCAUCUUGUUCCUGCUAGUCAGUACCAGCAACAGCAACAGCAACAACAACAACCUCCGUACUAUUCUUCCGGAGGGCAUGUGAGUGCUACGGGACAUAUGCCCCUCGCUCCUCCACCUCCUCCGCCCAUCCAUCAUCCUCCUCCGGCGUAUCUACCUCCGAGUGGUGGACACCAAGGCGUGCCUCACCACAGCAUGACGAGGCCACCCUCCAUGGACACUGUCCCUCCCUUUCCUGGCACCGAUCCCACUUAUGGAGUAUACAACUCGAACGGUGUCACCCCGCCCGCCAACGGUGACCGCAAGUACGCUACACUCACAAACUGUAUGCCCGGCUUCAACCCUACCAUUGAGGGAUUGGACGCUUCCUGGCAAUCGCUCGUCGAACAAUUAGGAUACUAA